AUGUACCUCUUCACGGAUGCCAGUCGGGUUGGCAUUGGCGCUUGUUUGGCGUCCGGGCCCAACCGUUCGCAGGCCGUUCCAACGCGAUUCUUUUCCGCUAAGUUCAACGGUGCUCAGCUCAACUAUCAUGUCACUGAUAAAGAGUUCUUGGCUGUCGUCUCGGCGUGUCGGGCGUUCGAGCAGCACUUGAUCGGUUACCCCUUCGUCAUCGUCACCGACCAUCAGGUGACAGGCAACGUCGGAGGAGAUGACGAUGACUACACGCGAGAGACGAGGGAGAGAGCGAGAGAGCGCGCGAAAGCGCGAAGAAGCGAAAGGGGUGUCGACCGAGGCGGCGGCAGUCGACCGAGAGGCAACCGCGGAGGAUACGCGGCUGCAAGGCUCGCAGCAAGUCCAGUGUACCGAACUAUGGUGGCCAACGAGCUCGGACAGAAGAGGGAGGGCAAACGAUCCAAGAAAUAG